AUGCCGCCGCGCUUCUCCCGAGUAUGGCGGCCCCUCGCCGCGGCCACUGUUGUCGCCGCCGGCGGUGGCAUCGUCUACAGCCGUGCCAACGCCCACCGCUCCCACGAUAAGCCGCUCGUCGAGCUCCGCCGCGACGCCUCGGGCCGCAUCGUGCCGCCCAAGUUCCAGGACGUCAAGUCCCGCGCCGAGCAGCUGGCCGACCUGCGGCGCCACAGCCAGCAGCAGCAGCAGCAGGACGGCGGCGAGUACGACCUGCUGGUCAUCGGCGGCGGCGCCACCGGCACCGGCAUCGCCCUCGACGCCGUCACGCGCGGCCUCAAGGUCGCCCUCGUCGAGCGCGACGACUUCUCCGCCGGCACCAGCUCCAAGAGCACCAAGCUCGUCCACGGCGGCGUUCGCUACCUCGAAAAGGCCAUCUGGAACCUCGACUACCCCCAGCUGCAGCUCGUCAUCGAGGCCCUGCGCGAGCGCAAGGGCUUCCUCGACAUCGCCCCCCACCUGUCCAGCUCCCUGCCUAUCCUGCUGCCCCUCCAGCGCUGGUGGCAGGCCCCCUACAUGUGGAUCGGCUGCAAGACGUACGACCUGCUCGCCGGCUCCCAGGGCCUCGAGAGCUCCUACUUUGUGAGCCGCGCCAAGGCCCUCGCCUCGUUCCCCAUGCUGCGCAAGGACAACCUCGUCGGCGCCCUCGUCUACUACGACGGCCAGCACAACGAUUCCCGCAUGAACGUCUCCCUCGCCCUCACCGCCUCGCUGUACGGCGCCACGGUGCUCAACCACGUCGAAGUCACCUCCCUGGAAAAGGACGCCAGCGGCAAGAUCUGCGGCGCCAAGGUCCGCGAUCUCAUGGCCGCCGAUGACGCCGCCAAGGAGGACUUUACCGUCCGCGCCAAGGGCGUCAUCAACGCUACCGGACCCUUCACCGACGCCAUCGAGCGCAUGGACGACCCCAGCCGACAGCCCAUCGUCGCCCCGGCCUCUGGCGCCCACAUCAUGUUGCCUGGAAAGCUCUGCCCCAAGGGCAUCGGUCUGCUCGAUGCCGCCACCUCGGACGGCCGUGUCGUUUUUGUCCUGCCCUGGCAGGGCAUGACUGUUGCUGGAACUACGGACAAUGCCUGCCCGGUUGAGAGGGAGCCUGUGGCCCGCGAGGACGACGUCGCUUUCAUACUGAAGGAAGUCAGCAAGCUCCUGGAGCCCAAGUCGGUCCUCACCCGCGACGACGUUCUGGCUACCUGGUCUGGCAUUCGACCCCUCGUCAAGGAUCCCAAGGCCGGCAACACCGAGUCUCUUGUUCGCAGCCAUCUCGUCACCGUCUCUGACUCUGGUCUCCUCACCUGCGCUGGCGGCAAGUGGACCACGUACCGCCAGAUGGCCGAGGACGCCGUCGACGAAGCCAUCAAGACCUUCAACCUGACCCCCAAGCACAUCACCCUCCCCGACAUCACCGGCGUCGGCCUGCCCGGCUUCACCACCAACGGCACCUGCGUCACGCGCAUCACCCCCGUGCUCGGCUCCCACGGCUACUCGACGCAGCUGCCCUCGCAGCUCACCCAGGUCUACGGCGUCGACGCCGACAUCGCGCACCACCUCGCGACCAACUACGGCGACCGCGCGUGGUCCGUCCUGGGCGACAGCAGCAGCAACGGCAUCGUCCGCCGCCUGGCGCCGUCUUUCCCCUUCAUCGAGGCCGAGAUCCGCCACGGCGUGCGCAGCGAGGGCGCCUGCACCGCGGCCGACGUCAUCUCGCGCCGCACGCGCCUCGCCUUCCUCGACGUCGACAGCGCGCUCAAGGCCCUGCCGCGCGUCAUCGACGUCAUGGCCGAGGAGCUGAGCUGGAGCGACGCCCGCCGCGAGCACGAGUGGACCGAGACGGUGCAUUUCCUGCGGAGCAUGGGCCUCGAGGAGGCGCGCAUGGCCGUCACCCGCCAGGAGGUCCUGAGCGGCGACGCCAAGGCGCAGCGGACGAGGCGCGACGACGGCACCGCCGCCUCCGCCAACGGCGUCAAGGUCGGCAGCGGGCGCAAGCUCGAGGCCCCUGGCGCGCUGGCCUCGGGUGCUUAG